CGUCAGCAGAAGUUGGCCGCAGAAGGCACAAUAACCUCCCCCCCCAAAAAAAGAGAGAAAAAACCGCUCGUAAAGCCGCGAAAACAGCCUUUCCAAUACAUCGUAAGCGUCUCCUGCGGCUAAAGCCUGACAACGCAGUCAGUCUUAUGGCAUUUCUUUACAACUCAAAAGAAACUUUCACACCAAACACCCACUCACGUCGUGUGUGAGGAUGCUGAAGCUGCUUGUCAACCAGCUAGCACCGGCUAAGCCUACGGGCAAGCUGCCGUUAGCCUUUACUAGCGUGGUAUUUUUUUUACACAAACAGGCGAUGGCACUUUGUACGUGGAAUUCACGAAUAACAAUGUUGCCCUGCAAAUAGCCAGCGACGUCCCCUAUAAAGUACACAACAAAAACAAAAAACUCGACGUACGACAUAUCAAAGUUUUGUGUGACCAUGGAUCCGACCUGCAGUGCUUCUGCAGCUCCAGCUGGUUUGACUGUCCAGGUGUGUUUCCCCGGUGCCCGUGCUGCUGUUUUGGACAACCUGAACCGCCAGCGGGAGGAGGGCAGGCUGUGCGACCUCUCCAUCCAGGUGCAAGGUCAAGUCUUCAGGGCCCACCGUUGUGUGCUCGCUGCAUCUUCGCCUUACUUCCAUGACCAGGUGUUACUGAAGAAUGUUACAACUGUUUCCCUGCCCUCAGUUAUGGACCCGGUCGCCUUUGAGAGCGUCCUCAGUUCUGCCUACACAGGCCAGCUGAGCAUUGUGCACGAUGACAUUGUCAACUACGUCACUGUGGCCAGUUUCCUUCAGAUGUGGCACAUUGUCGACAAAUGCACUGAAAUCUUGAAGAGGCCCCGGCCCUCAGUAGAAGUCAGCCCUGGAGAGGCCGCCGCAGCUCACCAGGGCACUGCAUCUCGACAGCAGUCCCCAAGCAGCACCGACUGCUUGAAUCUGGAAAGGGAGGGAAGAAGGAAGGAGAGGAAGCCUGAUGCCUUGCCUCCCUUAGCUACAUGGAGGCGCCCGCAGCAGUUUCCUAGAUGGGGGCGUCCCCGGCCCUCAUCAGCCCAGCACUUAGCGGACACUCAACUCGACACGCUCCCCAGCUAUAUGGAGAGUGAUUACACCAGCUGUGACGAGGCAUGGAUAUCAAGCCAUGCAAAAACUAGCCACUUUGCACAUGAUGGACCUGGCCACAGUAGCCGGCACCAUGGGGCGUUCCCCAGUGGUGAGACAUUAAAGCAGAAAGUCAGGUUUCAACAGCGGGGAGCACCGCUGAGCACCGAUAGACUGCUUGAUAAGAACAGAGGGAGCGGAGACAGUGAUGAGACACAAGAGAAGAGGAGGAAUGAGAAAAGAGAGAUUGAGGCAGAUGAAGGCGUAGGAGAAGAGGUGGUGGAGAGGAGGGAAGGCCUUGCACAAAUGGGACACUGUGACUUCCACCAAGAUUCAAAUGAGAAUGCGGAAGCCUUACAAGCCACAGGGAAGGCAAGUGCGGACGUGAUAAAGGAGAAAGCGCAGAGAGAUUUGGUAGGAAGUGAUCACUCCUCAGACCUGCCCAGCGUUCAUGCUUGCCAAACAGGUGAAGGAGUUCUGGGACCGUCCUGUCCUGUUCAAGCCCGGCAGCAGUGGCAGUCGGGUCCCUGGUCUCAGCAAGAGCAGAGGCCACAGGAAGGAGAGGGCGGGAACUGCAGUAAAGAUGAGGAGGAAGAUGAGGAGGAAGAGGAUGUGGACUUUGAAUGUUUCACAGAAGGGACCUUUAGCAGAGACACGUACGAUGAGAUUGAAGAUGGCACAGGACAGGUUUCCCAGAGGCCUUUAGUGCCUGUGUCUCCAGACUUCACCAUGGCAGGCUCGGAGGUGCACUGGCCCUCCACCAGCGUGGGACAGGGUGGCUCAUUGACCCCCACCUCCAGUCGCCACUUGUCCCCAUCCUCUGCUGCUUUCCCGCCACCCUCUUCACCCCCAACCCCAUCUUCGUCAUCCUCGGUCUCCCUCGCUGGCACCCCCUACACAGGAAAAGUCCACUUCUGCCACUGUGGCAAAGCCUACACCCUGAAGAGUAUGCGUGACCGGCACGUGAAGAUGCAGCACCUCAAUCUGCGGCCUUUUGGCUGUCCUGUUUGCACAAAGUCCUUCAAGAUGAAGCACCAUCUGACCAAGCACCUUAAAACCCACGGAGGUCUGCGGCCCUACGAGUGCGGCCUGUGUGGGAAGAAAGUCAUUUGGAGAGACAGCUUCCUCAGGCAUCAAGCUCGAUGCCAAAGACUUGCCUCCAGCUCCUCAGUCAACAGCAACAACGCAAGCACAGCAGCAGCGGAUAUGGAUGACAGCUACAGUUAUGGAUUCGACGAGGGGGAAGCUUUUCUCGCAACAGGAGGACAGGUGAAAGUGGAGGAGGUGGAUUUUCACGGGGAGAUGGAGGACGGGAUGGCUGGGCUGUUGGGCAGCGUGUCUGGGAUUGUGGAUGAGCUCAGAACUCAGUCGCAAAAUUUGGACACCGGUAGUCAUGUUUUUAAAGAGGAGGCGAGUGAGAGCUUUAGCGGAAAUUAAAUAUUAAUGUGAAACAGAGGUUUAUGGCGCUUAAACUGUAUGUACAUAAAUACAUACAUGACGGACAAUGGAUGACACGAUGACUUUAAAAGUCUACGGACACAAAUCAUAGUAGGCCUCUUUGAGCAGCCGCUUUUGUUUGGAUCUUUUUAUGUGCAUUCUUUUCAUGUUGUGGGUAUUUUGGGAAAAAAAAAAAAAAAGGGAACGAUCAUAUGCUUCAUUCAAGUGAUCCUUUUUCAUUUGUGCGGUGUCAUAUAGAUUCAGUUCUCGUUUAGUGAUGCUGUAAGCUGUACAUCUGUAACCAUCAAUGCUGUGAAUGUACUUCUUGAGCCCGAAUCAAAUUCAUUUGCGUUUUGCACAUAAAUUAUUUGCCAGGGACCUGCAUUAAAAAAAGAAAUACAAGGGUGUAAAAAAAUUUUCUGUGCAAUACCGAUGUCUCCUCACAUUAUGUAAAAUAAAAAAUCUUGGUAUA